AUGCGCAAAGUCGUUGCUUUUAUUUUAUCAGUUUCUGUCGACCUUUCGUUGUUUUACGCGUCAGGAUUUGCGGUGUUUCACAGCGUCUUUGGACACUUUACGCGUCUCUGGCUCUCUGCGGCUCUCCGCUGGUUGGCUCAUAUCGGUGUCUCUCUUCUCACACUCGGGGACCCCAAAGCGCUGCUGAUUCGGUUUAUAACGGCUCACACUCUGCUCCCCGCGGUGUUUGAGACCGGGACCAACGCGCUUUACAGAGAGGAGAGCCAGUGCGGCCAGCUGGGAGAUGUGCGCUGCUGGCUGCUGUUCAGCGGAGCUUCGCUCGCUGCUGCGCUGUUUUGGGAGAUCACCAUCCCGGACACCGAGGAAGAGGUCGAAGGUAAAAAGAAGAAACAGAAGGCAAGAGUGCUUUUCAUGAGAGUCCUCCGGCUGUACAGACCCGACUAUCCCCUGCUGUUUGGAGGACUUGUGUUCCUGUCGCUGGCUGUUAUCUGUGAGAUGUUCAUCCCUUUCUACACUGGGAGAGUCAUUGACAUCCUUGGAAGUAAUUACCAGGAGAAUGACUUCCUGUCUGCGCUUAUUUUCAUGGGCCUUUACUCUCUGGGAAGUUCUGUCAGUGCUGGCUGCAGAGGGGGUCUCUUGACUUGUGCCAUACACUCCUUUACAUGCCGAAUCAAAGUUAUGCUGUUUGGGGCUUUGACCAAACAGGAAAUUGGAUUCUUUGAGACCAUAAAAACAGGUGAAAUCACAUCCAGGUUGUCCAAAGACACCACCCUGAUGGGAAGAACAGUGUGUCUGAAUGUCAACGUGUUGCUGAGGACAUUCAUCAAAACAAUGGGCAUGAUCUCUCUAAUGUUGAGCCUCUCGUGGAAGCUCACAUUUCUCGUACUGAUGGAGACUCCCAUCACCGGCCUCAUACAGAACAUCUAUGACACACAUUACCAGAGAUUGUCUUUGGCGAUGCAGGACUCAAUGGCUUUGGCAAAUGAAGCUGCAAAUGAGGUCGUGUCUGGUAUUCGCGUGGUACGGAGCUUUAACACAGAAAAACACGAAACCCGUCGCUAUGACAACUGCUUGAUGGACACACACAAGCUCAGCAUUCGACAGUCCACUGUCAGGGCUGUUUACCUGCUUGCACGGAGGCUGACAGGGCUGGUCAUGCAGGUCUUUGUGUUAUACUACGGUCGGCUUUUCAUUCAGAGAGGACAGAUGACCACAGGGAACCUCGUUUCCUUCAUCCUGUACCAGUCAAAUCUUGGAGACAACAUCAGGACGCUCACCUACAUCUUUGGUGACAUGCUGAACUCAGUGGGGGCUGCUGGGAAAGUGUUUGAAUACCUGGACCGAAAGGCUCUGGUCAGCACAGACGGAAAACUCCAACCUGAUCAGCUGAGAGGACACAUCAGCUUCAAGAGUCUCAACUUCUCCUAUCCUGCAAACCCCAACAAAACAGUGCUGCAGGACUUUUCCUUGGAGCUGAAGCCUGGUCAGAUGAUGGCACUGGUGGGUCCGUCUGGAGAAGGAAAAAGUACCUGUGUGAGUCUGCUGGAGCGUUUCUACGAGCCUCAGGAUGGAGAAAUACAGCUGGAUGGAAAACCACUAAAAUCCUAUGAUCACCAGUUCCUCCAUAAGAAGAUUGCUGUGGUGAACCAGGAGCCUGUGCUGUUCUCUGGCACUAUCAGACAAAACAUUGAAUACGGGCUUAAAGGAUGCUCUUUAGAUAAAAUCAAGGAAGCAGCAAUGAAAGCCAACGCCCACGACUUCAUCAUGCAGCUGGAGAAAGGCUACGAUACAGAGGUGGGUGAAGGUGGAGGUCAGUUAGCUAAAAGUGAGAGGCAGCGGAUCGCCAUCGCUCGAGCUCUCGUCAGACAGCCCAAGGUCCUCAUCCUGGACGAAAUCACCAGCUCUCUGGACACUGAGAGUGAAAAUAAGAUUCAGCAGUCCCUCGCUAGCAUCCCCAACCAGACCCUCCUGGUGAUCGCUCACAGGCUGAAGACCAUCGAGAACGCAGAUCAGAUCGUUGUUGUAAGUGGUGGCAAAGCUGAAGAGCGAGGGACUCACAGGGAGCUGAUGGACAUGAAGGGAAGCUACUACAAACUGAGAGAGGAGCUCUUCACUGAAGGAAACUGAGUCUGUGCUGAAGCUCGAUGUCCUGAGAUCUUUGUGUGUAAAACUCUGCUGCAAACAGAUGUGUGAGAACGAGACGGAGGCUAUGUAAAUAUUGAAUAUAUGUUGUUUUGUAUAUAU